UUCAGCUGUCAGUUUCACGGAUUCUACUUUAUAGUGCAGGUUCCUGCAAUCCGCGCUCUUUUACAUCAAGAUCUUGCCGCCCGUCAAAACGUCUCACUGCCGCAAUGGCGACUGGCCGCAAGGUCUUCCACUGCGCCGUCGAUGACACGGCGUUGACUACCAAUAUUAGUGAAAUCAAGAAAUGGACUUCUAAUGGAGCGAUCACUCUCGUCGUCCCUCUCUACACUCUGGAACGUUUGCAUGCGCUGAAGAGAGCUGGAUCUCAAGUUGCGAUCAAUGCGCGCGAGGCUGUCCGUUUCCUCGAUCGUGUUACGUCCGGCAAAGAUAGCAUUACCGCAGACAAGGUUGUCCUGCAGGGACCGAUGGAACAGUAUGAGACUUGGGCGGAAGCGGAAAAAUUCCUGUUGCCAGAAUUUGAGGACGAUGUGGAAGGGACUGCGGAAGAGGUCGAGAAUGUCAUCGAAACCCAAGAAGAUCCGGAGAGAGCACCAAAGACGAAAAAAGUCGAAGACAACAUCCCCAGCAAUGAUCUCUCGCAAAUGCUGCUCAGCAAGCUCAACUUCAAGAAGGAACCGGAUGCCGUCUCGAUCACUUCUACUGGUACCCACAGCGACUCUCGAUCUUCGUCUCGAAGCUCGCGCACUAGUCCUGAGUACGGCAAUGGUCACAAUGGGGUGGAUGGGUCUACGAAGCACAAUGGUCAUAGGCGUUCCGAUUCCAACGGUACCGGCUCUACGGUGCCUCUCGCGCUGCGACCCCUUCUCAGUGCCUUGUUGUGGCGUUUGCAUGACAGCCCUGAUGCUGUCACUGCGUCUAGGAGCUUGAUCCUAGUUACCAAUGAUCGCAUUACGCAGGCAUGGGCGCAGAAGUUCGGAAUAGCCACAAAGAACAUCCACCAGCUCCGGACCGCCAUUCAGUAUGAGGAGAAAGAAUACAAGAACCGCUGCAAGUACGUGGAGAAAACCCAGGCAACGGAGCCGAAGACGCUGCUGUCGUACGAGAACGAAAGUGACGAGGACGAGCUCGUUUUCGUUCCCCGUGGUCGCGGCAAGGGAGCGAGCAGGGGUGGAAGCUCGCGGGCGAGCAAUAACAGCCGCAAGCCUUCUGCGCCAAAGGCAGUUCCCCCUCCGCUUGAGGCAACCAUCGAGAUCCCCUCUGAACCCAUGGACCCGAACUCCUUCAGCCGGUCACUCGGGCCCAGCACCAAGCAGCCUGCCGUUGACCUCAGUUCGCAGGCUGGAGCUGCGCGCGGCCUGGCCGGAGCAUCCCGUCGCAUUGCCAACGGCCGUCGUGGUGCCCCCCGGGGUCAGACGCGAGGCAGCAGCCGUGGCCGUGGAAAGCUGUGGGUUCCUUGAUUUCAGGGAGGGAAUCCGUUGAUACCAA